AUGGGUGAUAAAGCACGAAAAUUCGACAAGACUUUCCUCCCACGACCUCCCUUAGAAGCCUUGCAACCAGAGAAAGGAGUGCCCAGACCAAAUAUCUUCGAAGAGGUUGAACUGGGCCCAUAUGUCUCGAAGACAGAUGCCAAAAUUGCCUACCGAGUAUGGUCUCUUCCAGAUCAAGCACUUGGAAAAGCAUGGCGACGACACAAAGACCGACCAUACCCCCAAAGAACAGGUGACCUCGAGGCCCACAUCCUUGUAGACAAUGUAUACGAGCACCUGAUGAGCGAACCACUUCUCCCCAUUUCUCGGCAGGACGUGAAAUCCAAAUUCGAAGCCGACGGCCUAGAAAAGAACUGGGAAACAGCCGGUAUCAUCGAAGAGUUUCGAGAUGAUAUUAUCAAAGAAAGCAAGCUCAGUAGCCUGAAAUCGUGGAGCUCGUCAGCAAUCAGAGAGCUAUUAGCGGAGCGAGGUGAAUCGACUGCUGGGGAUAAAAGUGCUCUCAUGGACCGGGCAGAAAGAACAGAACUAGCCAGACAUUGUGGGAUCAUGCCCCGCAGCAAUCUGCCACAAUGGGGGACAAAGACAGAAACCAUGUCUGUUGGCAAUAUUGAGACUGCGAAAAAAACCUCGGAAAAAUAUGUACUUCAACCAUUCGAAAAUGACCGGAUGACCACACUCGAUAUGUAUACCUUUGUUGUCCAUCUUAGUCCCUACAACCCAGCCUACUGGACCAGUCGUGCAUACUGCCAUUACCAGCUUGCAUACUUUGACUUGGCUCUUGGUGAUGCAUACCGGGCAAAGACACUCUGUGAUGUCUUAACCAACGGAGAUGAACGUAGUCGACGACCAGGUCUGUACCCGCGAAUAUGGCAUGCCAUAGAGCAGCAUCUACUCGCUCAGCCUCGCACGGACGGAACUCUCAAACCUGAGAUCCAGCGUCUUCGAGAGCGAGGCCCCACAUACUUCGUCAGCAGUCUCGUGAAAGCUCUGGAUCAUACAAUCACUCUCAGCCUCAUGGCACUGAACUGCUGGCAUGAUUUGGAUGGACGGUAUAACUCCUUUCGCUCGAAUAUGAUUAUGGUACAGGAUCGAGACUCACAAGUCCCUCAGUUUCUCGAGGACAUCGUCACACCUCUAAGAAAUAGUCGACAGGCGAAAAGAAGAGCGGACAAGAGCUUGUUCUGGCAUGAGCGGUUUCAGGGCUGUGUCUCGGCACGGGUUUAUCCAUACAAGUAUGCACCUGUGGAUCGCUCGACGGAAACAUUCUGCGAGACUGUGAAUUCAAAUACUUUCCAUGGGGUUGGUAUGGCGCAAGCAUGUCGGAUAAUGAGAAAGGAUGUGGAUUUUGGUGUCUUAGCGACAAGAGAUAUUAGAAAAGGGGAGAUGAUACACAACGAAGAACCGACGAUCCGAAGUCAUCUCCGACCUCGACGAAUGAUUAGAGACGAAUCAGCAGUUUUGGGGGAAGCAAGAUGUGAGAAUUGCAAGCGAAAGAUUAAAAUCGCCUCGACUCGGCUCUCUCUCUUCUCUGGAACCAAUGUUGACCGCUGUCCUUGUUUCCCAUUGGGCAAAUCUGCUCCCGGCCCCGAUGACCGGCUCUUCUGUAGAUCAAAUACCAAUGGCAAGUUCUUCGGUAAAACAGGAGGAAAGUCAUGUCAGCAGAUUGCGCGUCAGCUACACCAUUUCAGCAGCUGUGGCAAAGACUGGUCAUGGCUACACGAUACUAUGAGACCUGUUAUCAGGAAAUGGCAGGACAGGGAGUACAUUAUUCAAUGCAAUGAUGUAUACGGCACGAUGCACAGUCUUUUGCUACGGAGUAUAUUCGAAAUAACCCUUCACCGCCGCAAAGAUGAUCCUCGUCUCUCGCCGCUUGAGAUCGAUGAACUCCUUGUACCGAACGUUGACUACACAGAGGUGGACUUGAUUCCGUUCUCGUAUGUUGGCAACAUCAUCGUUCCUUUCGAUAUAUUGACUUACCUGGGCGUCGAUAUCUUCCGAGAUCUCUCAUUCGACACGUGGGUUAUUCAAACCAUCAUGCGCAAAUUGCUCAAUCACGCUGUUCCCUGGGAUGAGGAACGUCGUGGCGACGGGCCUGAGCUGUUACCUGGUGAUAGUCACAAGCGUCCCGAGCACCCUGAUCGACAAGACACGAAAGUCAAGGAAAAGAAAUCAUUCAAAGAACACGAUCCGUCUUUCAUGAAUAUGUAUCUCUUCCCAGGGCUGAGUCUCUUUAAGAGAGAUGUGUCGACAAAUGCAAGCUGGGGCUAUGAUCACAAAGUUCCCAACCGCGUGAUAGUAUGGGCAGUCGAUGAUAUCAAAAAAGGCGAAGAGAUCGCCAUCCGCGACCCAUUUUGCAAUCGUCCAAACAAGCCUAUGUUGGAUAGAACCUUGAAAAUAUCUCAAGGUACUAAAGGCCUUGCCGAUGUCAGUAAAUACAGAAGGACAGAAACAAAAACAGGAGGAAAGAGAAAAACAACAACAGAAGUAUCCAAAGAAGACAACCACACGAGCAAGAAAAUAAAAGUUGAACACAAAACGGACACAAAGGUCGAUGCAGCUGUCACAGAGCCGAAAGAAAAGUUGAAAGAAAAGUUCAAGGGAAAACGAGAACACGCCGAAGUCGAUGAUAUUCGAGUAUCGAUAUACCGAGAGCUCGAGGAGGCGAAUCCUCCGCAGGGAAAAAAGCGUCGUGAGGCAAAGUCGCACCACGAAUUCAAAUUCCAAGCCGAUAAACGACAUGAGAACUGGUACUCAGAACUUGAGAAGAUAGUGAAGAUGCCCAAUGAAACUAAGAAAGAGAAGGAGAAGAGGAUUGAUAAGCUAAAAAAUAAGCGGUUGGUGAAUUAUAGACGGGAGCAAAGGAAGAACAUUGAUGAAAAGGAUAAGUUGGCUGGGAGACCGCGGAGGAAGACAGAUGCUAUUUUUGAAUAG